GCGAGCGCUCAGCGCAGAGCCAGAGCUGCGCGCGUCCUGUUCCGAGGCCGUCGCCAGCCCACCAGCAUGGCCCCCUCAGCGGCGUCGGGUGGCAGCAGCCUGCCUAGCGGCUUCGCGGUCUUCAUCACCUUGCCGGACCUGCUCUUCAUCUUCGAGUUUGUCUUUGGGGGGCUGGUGUGGAUCCUGAUUGCCUCGUCCCAUGUGCCCAUCCCACUGAUCCAGGGCUGGGUCAUGUUCACGUCUGUGUCUUGCUUCAUAGCCACCACUCUACUGCUCUUCCUGUACCUAAUUGGUGCCCACGGCAGCAGAACUUCCUGGAUCACCCUGGAUGCAGCCUACCACUGUAUCGCCUCCCUGUUUUACUUUGGUGCCUCUGUCCUGGAAGCUUUGGCCGCCAUCGAGCUGCAAGUGGGCUUCACCUACAAACAUUACCAUGAAAACAUCGCUGCUGUGGUGUUUUCAUUCGUAGUCACUCUGCUGUACGUGGUCCAUGCAGUGUUUUCUCUAAUCAGAUGGAAGUCUUCCUAAAGCAGCAGAAGAACUUUAGCUGAAAACCAAGAGGGUUAUUAACGGACCGGCCCGCCUUCCAGCAUAACACUUUAGAAUGCAGAAAUGUUCUUGAUAGUGGGUAAAGAAAGAGGUUUACUCUCCCAUAUACCUUCAUGUC